AACAAAUAAAUUUUUUCGCAGCAGAUACACAAUUCAUCAACGAGUCUCCCGUAAAAUUUGUGCAAAAUAUCAUAAAAAUUUAUAAAAAUUAUUAAUAAAAUUGUGAGAAAAACAUAAUAUGCAGGAGGGUGAACUCGAACCACAGCCGGAUAAUGAAAAAAUGUUAGGAAAACAAAAUGAAUUGACUGGAAAUUCGAUGAAUGAAGAAAUAGACGCUUCAGUGACAGCAACGACUGCCAGCGAAGCCGCGAUGUCAUCGACUUUGUCAGACACAAUAACGCAGGUGAUUGCAGCGUCGGUAGCUUCAUUGGGAACAAGUGGUGCAGCGGCGUCUGCCACCACCACAACAUCUGUAGCUGGUGUAACAGCGGCGUCCUCCUCAUUAGAUACUGCAGCUGGUACUGUAGAUGCUGAGAGCGGACAAAUGGACAAAGCAGAGGAUAGUGAUGUGGGUGAGGAUGAUGCCGAUGAUGAGACUAAAGAAAACUAUGAAGGUUUCAAUGGCACUGGCCGCAAUAUCACCUUACAAACGCUAAUGGCGGCCAAUGUUUUACAACCCGGCAAAUCGGUUAUGACCAUAGAAUAUUUGGGACAAAAGUUUGUGGGUGAUUUGCUGCCCGAUGGCAAAAUUAAAUCCCAAGAAACUGAAACAGUAUUUCUAACGCCCAGUGCUUGGGCCAUGAAUUGUAAGCGUAUUAUUAAUCCCGAAAAGAAAAGUGGUUGCGGUUGGGGUUCCGUUAAGUAUAAAGAAAAAUUGGAUUCUUAUAAAAAUAGUUGGCUGCGUAAAUGUGCCUUACAAAAGGAUUCAAUUUCGGAGGAUAUUGAUGGGGAUGCUGAUAAAAAAUCCGAUUCCCCUAUGCCUGUCAUAAAACGUACUGUAUUUCAACAUAAUACCAUUAUUAAUCGUAAUGUUAUGCAUGAUGCAAAUAUGCUUAUAGAGGCAGUACCAUUUACAUCGGUUGGCAAACUACAACCAUUCCUAUUGACCAUGAACUCCUCCGCAUUGCUGUUGGCGGAUUUUCACUGUCAUUUGACUAUGCAUGAGGUGUGUGGUUAUUUGGGUGGCACCUGGGAUAUUAAUUCGCACACUUUGGCCAUAACAAAAGCCUAUCCCUGUCGCAAUACCCGCUUUGAUCGUUCUAAGGCUGGAGAGGUUGAACGUGAGAUACAAAAAGCCAUGAUGAAAGAUCAAUUAUUACUAGUGGGUUGGUAUCAUUCACAUCCCAAGUUUCAAGCUGAACCUACUUUACGAGAUUGUGAUGCUCAAUUGGAUUAUCAAAUUAAAAUGAGAGGAUCUUCUGAUGCCACCUAUACGCCCUGUGUGGCUUUAGUGAUAUCCCCUUACUUCGAUGAAAAUCCCACCUUGGAAUCGGUGGUUAAAUCAAUUUGGGUUAUGCCGCCCAAUGAAAAUAAACAAGCCUUGGAAUAUGGCCGCCCCAUGCUGAUGCAAUACUCAGUUUUACCCGAUAAAGAGAUACCCGAAGAGGUACGCACUGAAAUACAAUCCUGUGUUGAUUACUACACACAAUUUCGCAAUGAAGUGGUACGCUUCUCGAGCGUCUUCAGUGACGAUGUUACUUAUAUAGAAAAACUGAAAAAUACUCUUUAUCCCAAGUUUCCAAUGAAGCAAAAUGAUAAAGCUUUAUGGAAUUGGAUAUGUGCCGUUUUGGGUUGUGAGCAGGAAGAUGAUUUUAUACCACCAAAAACCAUUAAAAUCAUUGACACUAAAGAAGAAUUGCCGAAAUUGCAUAUGGAUACAAAAUUGGAAAUUAAACCGGAGGAUGAAUUAAAGUGUGAUGAUUUGACUACAAAACAAUUAAGCUCAGCUGAGGAGGCUUUAAGAGCGGCUGAGGAACAACAGCAGGCGGAACAGAAAGCCAGUGAACUAAAGGUUUUAUCUUUGCAAGAACAAUUAUGUUUGCCUUCUGGUCUCAAUAUGAAUCCUGUAAGAAUGUUAUCGCCCUUGGCCACACCAAAUCCUAUUGCAACCACCACCACAGCCACUACAAAUGCUACUAGCAUUCCUCCCAUUAUACCGCCUCUAGUGCAACCACCGACAGUUCCUCCCCCGGGUUUGCUGCCACCUAUGCCUCCUUCUUUGCCAUCAUUGCCACAGUUGCCUACAGCAACCCCUAACUUGCCCUCUGCCUCACCCAGAGACAGUCCCAUCACCAUACCUUCAAACUCGGCUUCUCCGGCCAAAUUUGAAAUGCCCGUAAGAGCCUCUCCUUCACCAGCCAAGUCUGAUACGUCUUCACACACUUCAAGGACUCGCAACUCUCCAGCACCCAGUCCCGGCAAGUUCAGUAUUAGUGAUAUAGCCCGCAACAGCCCUAGUAUUACACCCACCAACAAAUUUGAUCCCACAACAGGGGCUUUAGUGCCGCCCACUGUUUCCUCCUCAACAGCGCAUGGCAUGCCCUCGGCUAAUGAUUUGAUGGCUGCUAGUUUGGCUCAAUUGGCCGGCCAACUGCCGCCUAAUUUCCUGCAAACCGAUUUGGCCGCACUCUUCCAACAACGCAAAGAUUAUGGCAGUACAUCGCUCAAUCAAUUGGCUGCAGCCGCCGCAAAAGUAGGAGGACAAAAUAAAUCACAAAACGCCACAGCCACAUCCACCUCAGCUGCAGCCCAAUCUGGAGUACCCGAUUUCUCUGAUCCCAAUGUGGCUGCCGCUGUGGCCGCUUACUCACAAAGCUUCAACAUGCCUCGCCUGCAAGAUAUGAUGCCACAGGCAGCAGCUCCUACACCCACACCAAGCAAAUCAAAAGAGAGAUCCUCCAAAUCGUCUUCAUCAUCAUCUUCUUCGUCCUCAUCAUCCACUUCGUCGAACUCGUAUAAAACUAAACUAAUGAAAGAAUUGGAUGAAUUGAAAAAUGAUCCCUUGAAAAUGAGUGAACUCAUAAGAUCACCAGAAUAUGCAGCUCUUUUACUGCAACAAGCCGAAGCUUUGGGAGCUACCACUUUGGGCACUUUGGGAUUUGGAGCUGAUUUUAGUUAUCUAACAGGAGGCGCUGGUAUGCAACCUUCAACCUCCUCGGCCUCAUCUUCAGCUGGAGGUAAAAGUAAAAAUUCUUCAGCAGCAGCUGCUGCGGCCAAUGCAGCCGCUGUAUCGGCGGCAGCUUUAACGGCUGACUAUAAUAAUCUUAUACAAGCCUCCAAGCUAUUGGGUUACGAUUCAUAUUUACAGCAGCAAACAAAAAAUAAUGAUUUAAAUGCUUUCAUACAACAACAAAUGGCGGCUGCCGCAGCUGCUGUACAGGUACCCUCAGCUCCUACUCCCAGCACUUCCAAAAAGCAGCAGCAGCAACAGGCGCAAGCACAGGCUCAGGCACAGGCUCAAGCACAGGCUCAGGCACAAGCUCAAGCACAGGCCCAAGCUCAGGCUCAAGCUCACAACGAUUAUACUCAACUCUUGCAAACAUACACCAAGUUUUUCGAUCCCAACUUUGGAGCUUUAAUAGCGGCUAAAGGUGCAGGUCCCUCUUCACAUGAAUUGUCUGCCUUGCUAUCAGCCGGCGUGGGAGGAGCUAGCGGUCCCUCCACCUCCUCCUCUUCAUCGAAACAAAAACAAAAGGAAGCUCAACAGCAACUCACCCAACAAACUGAUAUGUUAAAUCAGCUAUUGCAAUCGGAAAAGCAACAAAGCGAUCUUAAUGCUUUACUCUAUCAUCAAAACAAAGCUGCCGCUGACUUAAAUGCUCUAUUCGCACAACCUACCGGUCAGCCACCAUCGGCAAAUACACCAUCAUCCUCCAAAUCAGGCGGUGGAGGCUCAGGACCUAAUUCCACUGGUGCUCCCUCACCUUUAACUGAUCCCGCUGCUGCUUAUUAUAAUGCUUUGGCCCAUGAGAAAAUUCAAGAUUAUGCCGCUUUCUUUCAACAGCAACAACAACAAGCUGGUAAAUUUGGUAUACCCGAUCCUUUAGCUAAGUCAACAUUAGCCGCUAACAAUCUGUUCAUGUCUCCUUCAGCUUUGUUGAAAAUGCAGCAAGAGUCGAUAAAUGCCAUGAUGAUGAAACCACCCAAGUCGACUUCAUCCUCCUCCCGUACACGGGAAUCGUCGGCCUCACCAGCCCUGGAACGUCUAACACCCACAAAAUCAGCCUUGUCUGGAGUCGGUGGUGGCGGCGGCGGUUCGGGAGGUGGUAAAUAUAAUUUUAGUGCUGUAGAUUUGGCCAUUUCUAGUGUACCCUCCAAUACUCCUUCACCAGCUCCUUCCGAUGGCAGUAACUCUUCUUCGCAUCGACGUCCUUCGAAUACGCCUCCCGUGGAUUUGACCCGUCUGUAUGGUGAGUUGGCACCACCCGGUUCCCUGGCCGCUCUCAGUGUUGGUCUGGCCAAUGCCGGCUUAGCCAAUGCUGCCACCAAAAAACGCAUGGAAUUUUCCUCAAUUGCCGACUUGGCUGCUCCACCACCAGCUAAAAUACCCAAGACGGGUGAUGAUGUUUUGAAUCUCUCAAAUGAAUAAAUCAAGAAUCGAAGAAGACUCAACAUUCAAUCAUAUUUUUAAGACUCACACACACACAUCAUUUUCUUAUUUAAAUAAGUAAGAGUAUUAUUUUUGAAAAAGAACAGUUUUAAAUUGAAUAAUAACAGUAAUAUUAGCUUAAGAUUUGUAAUAAACUUGAGCUGUUUAAAAGUCCCCAACUCAUAGAAUGCUAUAAUUUGAAUGCUACAGAUUUUGUAAAGUAAGAAAAAAAGACAAACAAAUAUUUAGAAAAUUUAAAUUAAAAAAUAUCACUUGUAUUUGGUU